CUACGAACAUGCGUGCAAAUCUGAUCAAGACAGUUUCAGUGUUCCGAGCAAUAUUUAGGGGCCAGUGUGUCUGAGCCUUCAAGUUCUCUGCGUCACUGCAAGGUGGAGAGAACUGCGACACUGCCGGCAGCUUUAAUGAAUUAAGACCGAUGGAAAAUACACAACACAGUGGAAGGGAGUACAUGAGGUAAGGCGCCCUGCAGCCUCGCCUGAACAUGUGCAGCGGCGACUGAGCACCUUCCGAUGUAAACAAACCAGCCGCUCUGGGGAGGAAGGACUCAGUGGUGAGGAACUGAGCUUACUCUCCUGCUUACUGCAGGAGGAUGGGAGGCGUGCGGCGCGUAGUGGUGACAGGGCUGGGCCUGGUGACGCCUUUGGGUGUAGGGGCGCCACACACCUGGCUGCGUCUCACUGCUGGCAGGGUGGCCACUGUGGCACUCACAGAUGAAAGCUAUGCACAGGUGCCGUGUCGCGUGGGCGCCAGGGUGCCGCGGGGCGAGGGCGAGGGUGAGCUUCACCUUCCCGCCCACUUCACGCCCAGCCAGCUGCGCACCAUGACCCCCGCCACGUCCUUCGCUCUGGUGGCCGCCCGCGAGGCCCUGGGGGAUGCUGGGUGGCGCCCAGAGAGUGAGGAUGAGCGGGCGAGGACAGGGGUAGCGUUGGGCAUGGGCAUGGUGGACCUGGAAGACGUGCUGGCCACGGGGGCGGCGCUGCAGGACCGGUACAGCCGCGUCAGUCCUUACUUCGUGCCGCGCAUCCUGACCAACAUGGCGGCGGGCCAGAUCAGCAUGGAGCAUGGCCUGGAGGGACCCAACCACAGCGUGUCCACCGCCUGUGCCACUGGGGCCCACGCUGUGGGGGACGCCUUCCGCUUCAUAAAGCACGACCACGCUGACGUGAUGGUGUGUGGCGGCACGGAGGCGUGCAUCAACCCUCUGUCCCUGGCUGGGUUCUGUCGCCUGCGUGCCCUGGCCACCAGCUUCAACCAGGCGCCGGAGAAGGCUUCGCGUCCCUUUGACACCAAGCGGGAAGGAUUUGUGAUGGGCGAAGGGGCGGGGGUGAUGGUGCUAGAGGAGCUGUCCCACGCCCGGGCCCGCGGCGCCACGGUGUAUGCCGAGGUGCUGGGCUACGGGGCCACCGGAGAUGCCUACCAUUACACUGCUCCGAGGGAGGAUGGGCGGGGCGCCGUGCGGGCCAUGACCGCGGCACUGAAGGAGGCGGGCGUGGCCCCGACAGAGGUGGGCUACAUCAACGCUCAUGCCACUUCCACGCCUCUCGGGGACGCCGUCGAGGCUCAGGCCAUCAGGGAGGUGUUCCAGGGGCACGCGGCGGCCCUUGGCGUGUCCUCCGUGAAGGGAGCGCUGGGUCACCUGCUUGGGGCGGCCGGGGCGGUGGAGGCGGUGCUGACGGCCAUCGCCUGCCACGCGGGCUUCCUGCCGCCCACCGCAAACCUGGAGGAGCCUGACCCCGCCCUCGGUCUGGACUUGGUGGCAGAUGAGGGGCGCGCUUGGCUGCAGGACUCGCCCAAGAGGGUUGCCCUCACCAACUCAUUCGGGUUCGGUGGCACUAAUGCCUCCCUGUGCCUGGCCGCUUGUGACUGAGGCCCGUGUGAUGGAGAGGCUGCAGUCUGGGGAGUCUGGGCUCGAGCCUCCCUGGUGCACCAGCCAGCGUGAGGGGGGGGAGUGGUGAGGGUUGUGGCUCCGAGGUAGGGUUUGUGCAGGUAGGUUUUGUUUGACCUGUGAUAGACAUUGUAUAUCUGUAUAUUUUGUAAACAGGGCGUGAACCUUUCUUCGUGGUGUUAAGGGUGACCUCGGCAUUACUAGAGGCAGCCUGGUGGGCUGAAAAAUGAGUUUGUUAAUUAUUAUUGUAUCAUCAUUUGACCACACACACACGCACACACACACGAAUAAACCCCACGCAAAUUGGCUAUGCUAUCACCAGUAAUAUUUUUCUCUUUUAAACACACCAUUACUCUUUACUACAAUACUGCACACUCGCAAAAUAAAACAAAUCAAUAAAGGAACGGAACAAGAAA